AUGGAGAAAACUUGCUAUUACAUUCUUGCAUGUACAUCAGUCCUACUCCAAAUAUCGUGUUCUUGCGUAGCCGUAAAAAAAUCAACCACCCUCGCCGUAGAUCAAUUCUCUCUCUUCGUUCUUAAACCACACGUCAAUUUGGACCCUUAUGGUAUUAUUACAAGCAACUGGACCAAUUCGAGCUCUGUCUGUAGCUGGAUUGGCGUCACAUGCGAUUUGCGCAACCAUCGAGUGACUGCACUGAAUAUUUCCCACAUGAGUCUCUCGGGCACAAUUCCACCACAAAUAGAAAACCUUUCCUUCCUUGUUUCACUCGAUCUUAGUUUCAACCUUUUCAGUGGUGUUAUUCAUCAACAAUUGUCUCUUCUACACAGAUUGAAGUUUAUCUCCUUGCAAAAUAAUAGCUUUACCGGUUUCAUCCCGAGUUCCCUCUCUAAUCUGACAAAUCUACGAGUUGUUGAUUUUUCUUCGAAUUAUCUUCAAGGAAAUAUUCCACAUGUGUUAGGGAGGCUUCACAAUCUGCACACUUUAAACAUGGACUACAAUCAUCUCUCCGGUCAUAUACCGUCAUCCGUAUUUAACCUGUCGGCCUUGAAAGUUAUAUCUUUCCGAGAAAACGAAUUGAGUGGCAGCAUUCCAAGUGACUUGUGUAGUAAACUUCCACUUCUUCAAGAAAUUGACCUAUAUUUCAAUAAGUUGAGUGGCGAACUUCCGUUAAAUCUAUCCGAAUGUUCACAACUUCGAUUGGUAUCACUGUCCGACAACUUAUUUAGUGGGAAGAUACCUAGAGAGAUUGUCAAGCUAAAAUUUCUUCGGAUAUUACAUCUCGCGAACAACAAUUUAAAUGGUACAAUACUUCACAUUCUUGUUGAACAAGGUUGA